AUGGCAUCGGACGAUAGUUUGUUGAAUGAAUACGAAGGGGUCGAUGUUGAUUCUCACGGCAGUUUCAACAAUGUUGUGCACUUAGAUGAUGAUGAUGAUGAAGAAGCCGACGAAGAAUAUCACGGAGAAGCUAACGAUGAUGAGGAGCAGGUUUUAGGAAAUGAGUUAGAGUUAUGUGAUGUUGAUCGGGAAAUGGAGAAUGAAUUUACUGAAGAGGAUGUGGUUGUAGGUCCAAUCUCUGGAAUGCGAUUUAGAGAUAAAAAUACUUUGUCUAGGAUUCGCAAAACCAAGUUUACCACCAAGAGUAACAAUUGUAAAGCUAGGCUAGCUGCUGUUUUGGAUUAUUCUGGUUGUUGGCGCGUCUCUAAGGUCGUUCACGAUCACAAUCAUGAUUUGCUCUCAUCCAUAUCGCGCCCGAUGGCUGGACAUAGGUCCGCUUGUGAUUCUUUGAAGAGGAAUCUUGUAGCUCACGAUCGAUCUGGCAUUAGACCCUCCAAGAAUAUUAGACUUACUGAGGUUCAAUGUGGUGUACCGCAAAAUUUGAGUAGCAUUCCAAAGGAUUGUAGAAACUUUAUUUUGGAGAUUAGAAAUUUUGAAAUGCAAGAAGGGGACGCACAGUCACUGCUCAACUUUUUUCGUGAAAUCCAGGUAAAGGAUAGGGAGUUUUUCUAUUCAAUCGACGUUGAUAAUAUUGGUAGGCUACGAAAUGUGAUAUGGAUGCAUUCACACUAUAAGGCAGCGUAUGAGCAAUUCCAUGAUGCGAUAUGCUUUGAUACGACGUACCUUGUGAAUCGAUAUAAUAUGCCAUGUGCUACAUUUGUUGGCAUCAAUCACCAUAGAAAGUCCAUCUUACUAGGAUGUGCUCUCAUGUCUCAUGCAGAUAUCGAUAGUUACAAAUUAGUUUUUAGAACUUGGCUUGAUGCCAUGGGAAAUGUUCAUCCAGAUGCGAUCAUAACUAAUCAGUGUCAGAGCAUUAGGUAUUGUAUUUGGCAUAUAUUCUCAAAGUUGCCUCUUUACUUAAGUGGUGUUCGUCCUUCUAAAAUUGCACGUGGAGAAUUUAAAUCCAUGGUCCUUGAUAGCAUUACUGUUGAAGUUCUUGAGAGAAAAUGGACAGAAUAUAUUGCAAGGUAUAAUUUGCAUACAAGGAAUUGGUUCAAUAAGCUUUACUCUGAGAAGGAAAAAUGGGUUCCUAUGUACCUUGAUGUGUAUUUUUGGGCUGGUAUGCUAUCUGCUCAAAGAAGUGAGGGGAUGCAUGCGUUCUUUGAUGGAUAUAUUACCCGUCAAAGCACUCUUAGGAUGUUUGUUCACCAGUAUGAGUUAGCUAUAAGAGCUAAGCAUGAGAAAGAGUUGGAAGCGGAAUACAGGUCAAAGGGCUUUCAAAUUGCGUGCGAGUCAAUGCUCAAGUGGGAGGAGCAGGCAAUUCAGCGUUAUACACGUACAGUGUAUGAAUUUUUCAAGACACAGCUAAGGAAAUUGUAUCAUUGUGAAGUCAGCAGCCCCGACGAUCAUCAAGUUGUCCCCGGUGUUGAGAAAAUCAUCGUUAGUAAUUAUUCAGUUAUAAAGAAAAAUAAUGGAAAUUCAGUUGAGUACACUGUUGAAUAUAUACCUAUCGGCGAUUAUUUUAGUUGCAGCUGCAAAUGGUUUGAGUCUAGAGGGAUACUUUGUUGCCAUAUACUCAAGAUCUUGUCGCACAAGAAGAUUGAUAAAAAAUAUGAAAGGUAUAUACUGACAAGGUGGAGAAGCGAUGUUUUUAGGCCACACUUGAAAUCGGUUCCAUCAAGUUGGUUACCCAAACAUGACUCCUGA